AUGCAAGGGCAAUUGCACAUCAUGAUUGAAUCAAUGGAAUCAAUGGAACGGAAAAUGGAAGAUUUAGAGUUUCAGGUGAAGAGAGUAAGGAUCUCAUUUGAAGCCUCAACAAUCUCUACACAAGAAAUUGAUAAUGAAAUGGAUAUUGGGAGAUCUAUUAUGACAAAUCCACAUAAUGUGAUGUGCUUUCCUUUUGCUGUCAAUAUACAAGAAUCUAUCAACUAUAUAAGUAUAUCAAAUUGUGCUCACAAAGGACGUUUCCAUGAUCCUCCUAUUUCUAGUGCUGAAAAAGAUUAUCAAGAAUAUUUUAGACAACAAUGUAUACCUCUGACAGGUACACUUAUGGUCCAUGACACACACCUGAUUCCCAUCCUUGACAGGAGUAAGCCAGACUUUGUUGGAAUAGCAAAAGAUUUAUCACUUGACCCUCUCAAUUUGGCCUUUUUUGCUUUAAAAAUUUUUCAAAUUCAACCAACACGUACUUUUGUCUAUGGAAUUCUUUCUGACUGUCAUCAUAUUAUGAUACUGAAAGUGGAAAAG